AAAAAUAUUUCCAUAUAAUACCUCCUCCUCCACACUUCCAUGGAGGCGUCCAGCAGAUAGCAACACUCUCCCCCAUCCAGUGCUUCCAACUCACAUACCUCAUACCUGAGCAAUGACUUCAGCGUACACUACAGCUGAGCAGCAACGGCUCAGCCAGCGGAAAGCCCAGCUGCUUCCGUGGAUCGCAGAUCCCCUCACGCAUUUCUUCAACCACGGCAAACACGGCCAUGCCCAAGUACACGGUGCGAGCGGCCAUCAGGCGCUCCCUCAAGGCGACGAGAAGGAGAGGAUCCUGAGCAGCGAUGCUUCCAUCAUCACCACCGACUCGACGAAACGCAACCGCGACAUCCAGGAGAAGAUUGAUGCUGAGGAAGCCUCUUCCGGCGAACUGUUCUACGAUCUGUUCUUCGUCGCCAAUCUCACCACCGUGACGGCAGUACACUACGUGGUCGAUAACCAGAGCUUGGGCUCGUACGUCCUCUUCUUCAUCAUCCUGUGGUUCACAUGGCUGCAGACCACGCUCUACGAUAUCCGCUUCUCGGUCGACUCGGUCUACGAGCGCACCAUAAAACUGGUUCAUUUCGGCGUCAUGAUCGGUUUCGCAGCCACCACGCUCGCAUGGAAUCCAUUGGAUCCGACCCUGACCACGCACAUGAUGAAUCUCAAAUCCAUGUGCGUCACACUGAUGGCUUCGCGGUGGGCGCUCGGCGUUCAGUACGGCGUGACGGCGUACUACUCGAAACGGUACCGCAAGGGAACGACGCCAUUGAUAAUUCAUUCGGUCGUCAUGAUCCUCUGUGGAUUCGGAUAUCUCGGACUCUGGUUCAGCUUCAACACUUACUCGAGGAUGAGUUGGGUCGCUUGGUACCCCAUCAUCUUCAUCGAGCUGGUGACUGUUUGCGGAGUUUCGACCGUCUGGAAGGAUAUCGGCUUCAAGCGCACGCAUCUGAUCGAGCGCUUGAGCCUGCUCACGUUGAUCGUCAUGGGUGAAGGUAUUAUCGUCAUGCUGAAGGCGGUCAACGCUGUCGAGAAGGGUGCCACAUCCGGUGCCGGCUGGAGUGUCAGCACUUUCUGCAUCGUUGGAGCGUCCAUCGGUAUAGUUUACUUCUUCUACAUGUUCUACUUCGACUACACGCCGCAGCACGUGCAUUACGGUUCCAUUCGCCAACAGAUCUGGACCUGUCUCCACUUCCCGUUCCACCUCUCCCUCGUGCUUGCCGUCGAGGGUCUGCGUCAGAUGACAACUUACUGGGCGUUCAUCGAGAGCCGAAGAGCGCUGUCGACCACGUGGGAAGCUGCCCUGGUCAACGCCUCCGAUCCCAAUGCCGGCAUGCUUCGCAGCCUAGGCUUGAUGCGUACCUUCACCGAGUACCUUUACAACGACAGCACUGCCAUUGAGCUCGUCAAGAAUUACGCCUUCAUCAACAGAGUCUUCGUCAACCUCACCAGCGUUCACAUCGACCAAUGGGGCCCGCAGCAGAGGAACGAGACCCUGUGGCUGGAUCAUUACAUUUCGCGAGCUCACGCUCAGUUCUACGGCAUGAAGAUUCCCUACUCCAAGCCGAACGCGACACUCUUCGACCUCUUGGGUCCCUCGAUGCAGUCCGAGUUCCCGGUUCAAAAACUCUACGCUAGCGUAUUCCAGUACUUCUAUGGCGCCCUCGCCGUAGUCUUCUUCAUGUACGGCAUCAUGGGACUCUUCGUCCGCCGCAGCAAGGACAUGUGGGACUACUUCUCGGUCGGUCUCCGAUUCGCGAUCGGUGUAACCUUCAUCUGCGUGGAGCGCAUCCGGAUCAACCAAGCGCUGUACGACUCGUUCAUCAACAGCGCCUGGCCGAUCCCGACCGUUUCCCUGCUACUCCUCGCCGUCCUGUUCAUCGACAAGACAGUCGGUCUCUACGCCUACCGCCGCAUGAAGGCCUCGAUGAACCGUGUCAACCGUGAAAUCGGCCUGGAACCGGAGAGGACCGCGCUCAAGCACGCGCAGUACUCGCCGCCACACCCCCAUCCCCAGCCCCACCCGCAACCUUCGCCGCUGCUCCAGCAGUCGACCGAGUACUCGCCACACGUGUCGCCAUCGCCGCCGCCGCACCAUUGAUGGAGACGUUGAUGGAGAAGUAGGCGAGCGAGGGUGAAGUUUGCAGGAUGUUUUUUCUUAUUUCCCUCUGUUUUGGACCCGGGUUGGCCUUUGUUUCUCAUUAGAACAUGUUGCGUUUUCUGUUUUCUUUUUUUUUGGGGGGGGGGGGGG